ACACGGCGGUUACAUUACAUACACUGUGGAAGCAGUGCGGGAGCAGUGGGAAAGUCGGUCCACGGCGGUUUUUCCUCUCUACCUUCUUUUUCUGAUUGUUUUUAUGACUUUUGCUUUUAUCCCUCCUGCGUCGAGGAUGUAUGUUGAAGCAUGAAAGCGGCGUACAACUCUGCUUGUUGUCUUGUCUAACGUUAAGCGUUAAAACGGGUUCUCUUCUAGUUGCAUAUCCAUCAGUUUCCUUUUCACCUCCACACGGUGUUUUGGUUUUAUUAGCCUACUUUUUUUUCUCCUCCACUUUCAAGGACGAGACAGCUUCUUCCCUGGACCACCGAGGAAAUAUUAUUUCUCACUUUUAUAAAUGCACUUUUUAAAAAAACAUUUCCCAUUGGACCAUAUCCGUCAUCGGCUGUGUUCGUGUAACUGAAAAAAAAACUAGUGAUGAGACGUUAACUCGUGGUUUGGCUUUCUUUUUUCUUUUUUCCUCAUGACAUUGAGGCGUGCACCGGACUCUCGGUCUGAGCCUUUAUGUCUCAAGUUUUUUCGGGUCUGAGUUUCAGUCCUUUUCAAUUUAAACACUCGUGGUGAAAAAAGGACGCCGACACCAGCCACACUCCUCCUGUUGCUUCAGUAAAAACACACGGGCAGCGUGUUUGCACGCGCCUCUUCUCCGAGUGACUCACGGUCGACCCCUCGGUUCAAGAGGGGGACGUUUACACACUCGGUUCAGGGGAUUUUAGUGGGAGUUUUCCCCCCUCUGUAGUUUCGGACAGUGCUGGGUCGCGAGUGUGUGUGUGUCUUCAGUUUUCUUGGUGAAACAGAGUAAAAAUAAAUACAUUUAAAAAAUGCCACAGUUAUCAGGCGGCGGCGGAGACCCGGAGCUUUGCGCCACAGACGAAAUGAUCCCGUUCAAAGACGAAGGAGACCCGCAUAAGGAGCAGAUCUUCGCCGAGCUCAGCCACUCGGAGGAAGAGGGAGACCUGGCAGACAUCAAGUCAUCUCUGGUCAACGAGUCAGAGAGCAGCCCCAACAGCCACGAUGCAGCUAGACAGUCCCAAAUACAGCAAGAUUCAUAUCAUGAAAAACACAGAGACCAUUCUGAAGACGGAAAACUCCAAGACCUGUACAGUAAAGGCCAUCCAUACCAGGGCUACCCAGGCUACAUCAUGAUGAGCAACAUGAACGACUCCUACAUGAACAACGGCUCCCUCUCGCCGCCCAUGCCCAGAACGUCUAACAAAGUCCCUGUGGUGCAGCCGUCUCAUGCAGUCCACCCACUCACCCCACUGAUCACGUACAGUGACGAGCACUUCGCCCCAGGAUCCCAUUCUGGUCUUCAUCCCCAGGAUAUCAACAACAAACAAGGAAUGCAAAGGCAUCACCCCGGACCAGACAUGACCAACUUCUACUCCCUGUCUCCUGGAGGAGUCGGACAGAUCACGCCACCGCUGGGCUGGUUCUCACACCACAUGGUGCCCGGCCCCCCAGGUCCCCACGCCACAGGGAUCCCCCACCCGGCCAUCGUCAACCCACAGGUCAAACACGAGCCACCGCAUGAAACAGACAUCAUGCACAUGAAACCCCAGCACGAACAGAGAAAGGAGCAGGAGCCCAAAAGACCGCACAUCAAGAAGCCGCUAAACGCCUUCAUGCUUUACAUGAAAGAAAUGCGUGCGAAUGUGGUCGCCGAGUGCACGCUGAAGGAGAGCGCUGCCAUCAAUCAGAUCCUGGGACGAAGGUGGCAUGCUUUAUCUCGGGAAGAGCAAGCUAAGUAUUAUGAGUUAGCCCGCAAGGAACGGCAGCUCCACAUGCAGCUCUACCCAGGCUGGUCCGCUCGAGACAAUUAUGGAAAGAAGAAGAAGCGGAAGAGGGAGAAGAUGCAGGAAUCAGCCCCAGGUACAGGCCAGAGAAUGAAAACGGCGUACAUCUGAGAAUAUGGAGGAAAACGGAACAAUUUCUCCACAUGCAAAGCGAAGGCAGCAGCUACGGGCCCUCUGCUAGAGAUGGAGGCCUGUUAGAUUCCAUGAAGACCCUUAAAUCUCCAAACUGAAGCCUCCAGUUCUCAGAGGAUCCCUCCCCCCCGCCUCGACCCAUCUCUUCCAACCCCACCUAAACCUUACUCCCCCUUCCUUCAACACAAUCACAUGCCACCACCACCAAGAACACUUCACUGCUUGACUCUACUCCCGUUCUGAAGGCGCCUGCUGUAGAGACACUGAAGAAGACAAUCACGAUUAGUAGGCGCAGCAUCACGCAACCACAGUUCUCUCACC